AAGCCCUCUAUGCGUUUUUGCAGCCAGGCUGACAGACCGCGUGUUGUGACUGAGUGUGUGACAGAAAAACUCACUUCUCAUUACUUUCAUGCACGUCUGAGUGUGUGACAGAGAAAAUCGUUUUUGUAUCAUUUAGAGGGUGUUUAACGUUUGAGUCACUUUUCCAAAGUUGUUAAAAGGUUCUAAAUACAUUUUAAAAGUAACUUAGCUAAAUUUAUUGCUAGGUGCUUUUUGGGGAAAAAAAACAUUGCCAGGGUAGUCUGAAACGUUGCUAAAUCUAGCAACAAAAUUGCUAAAUUGGCGUCAGUGAAUAACGGAGAGGAGCACCAAUAACAAACAGUAGAGGGCAGCAAUACGUCAUUGUAGCGUCUAGUCUGUUCCAUUCCAAAGAAGAAGAAGAAGAAGUUAGCCGCUAGCCUCCCGGUGCUGCAGGUUCAGGUUCUGGUUCUGUCUCUACCGAUCAACAUGGUCCAACUGGUGGGUUCCCUCCGAAAAGAGCUGGCUGACUCGCUUUCCACCUGCAAGGUGCUGGUGGUGGGAGCGGGAGGGAUCGGCUGCGAGCUGCUGAAGAACCUCGUCCUCACCGGCUUCAAAAACAUCGAAGUGAUUGACUUGGACACAAUCGAUGUCAGCAACCUCAAUCGACAGUUCCUCUUUCAGAAGAAGCAUGUUGGCAAGUCUAAAGCACAGGUGGCCAAGGAGAGCGCCUUGCAGUUCUGCCCCACUGCAAAUAUCACUGCCUACCACGACAGCAUCAUGAACCCUGAUUACAACGUGGAGUUCUUCAGAAAGUUCAUGCUGGUGAUGAACGCUCUUGAUAACAGAGCGGCCCGUAACCAUGUGAACAGGAUGUGUUUGGCAGCAGACAUCCCUCUGAUAGAGAGCGGCACUGCUGGAUACCUGGGACAAGUCACCGUCAUCAAGAAGGGAAUGACAGAGUGCUACGAGUGCCAACCUAAGCCCACACAGAAGACCUUCCCAGGAUGCACUAUAAGAAACACGCCGUCUGAGCCCAUUCACUGCAUUGUCUGGGCAAAGUAUCUCUUCAACCAGCUAUUUGGAGAGGAAGAUGCAGAUCAAGAAGUGUCCCCCGACACAGCGGACCCAGAGGCUGCAUGGAACCCCGAAGAAACGGCAGCUCGAGCCACAGCCUCGGAAAAGGACGGGGACAUCAAGCGUGUCUCCACCAAGGAAUGGGCCCGCUCCAAGGGAUAUGACCCUGUCAGACUCUUCAACAAGCUUUUCAAAGAUGACAUCAUGUACCUGCUGACCAUGGACAAGCUGUGGAAGAAGAGGAAAGCUCCCACACCUCUGGACUGGCACCAGCUAGAGAACAGUGCGUGUCCUCAGGAUGAGUGUCCAGCUUCAGGUUUGAAGGACCAGCAGGUUCUGGGUGUUUGGGGCCACUGCCAGCUCUUCCAGCAGAGCGUAGAGACACUCCGCUCACAACUGCAGGAGAAAGGAGAAGGAGCCGAGCUUGUCUGGGACAAGGAUGAUCCUCCUGCCAUGGACUUUGUUACCGCAGCAGCCAACCUGCGUAUGCACAUCUUCAGCAUGAACAUGAAGAGUCGCUUUGAUGUAAAGUCCAUGGCCGGUAACAUCAUCCCAGCUAUCGCAACAACCAACGCUGUCAUCGCUGGACUCAUCGUGCUGGAGGGCCUCAAGAUCCUGUCUGGGGAACUGGAAUCCUGUCGCACGAUCUUCCUGAACAAGUGUCCCAACCUCAGGAAGAAGCUGCUGGUCCCGUGCAUCCUGGAUCCACCCAGCGCCAACUGCUACGUCUGCGCCAGCAAACCUGAAGUCACAGUCAAACUCAACGUCCACAAAACCAUGGUCCUCUCUCUGCAGGACAGGAUCCUGAAGGAGAGGUUCGGCAUGGUGGCUCCAGAUGUUCAGAUAGAAGAUGGAAAAGGGACCAUCCUCAUCUCCUCAGAGGAAGGAGAGACAGAAGCCAACAACAGCAAAUUUCUUUCUGACUUUGGGAUCCGUAACGGCAGCCGACUGCAAGCCGAUGACUUCCUCCAAGACUACACGCUUCUUGUCAACGUCCUGCACACUGAGGAACUAGAGAGAGAUGUGGAGUUUGAGGUAGUUGGUGAGGCCCCAGACAAAGCCCCGCCCCCUCAGAGUAACCAGGAAGAGGUUAACAGCAUCACCAACGGCAACAAGGACUCCGCCCAGCCGUCCACCUCCUCUAAAGCUCCAGCAGAGGACAACGACAUCAUGAUCGUGGACUCUGACGAGGAGGAAGGGGCGCCGUCCAGCUCGGCAGCAGCGGCAGCAGCGAACAGCGGCACCAAGAGGAAGCACUCGGACGUGGAAACUGGCGAGACCUCCACCAAGCGCCCACGGACUGACUCAAGCGCAGCGGCUGCCUCCGCCGACAAUGAUGACGAUGACAUCAUUGCUCUGGACUAACCCCUCCCCUCACGGUCUCCUGAAGGACUGAGAACUUUGAACGCUUGUCAUUUUGACUCAAGACAGACAGUAGGCUUAAAUAAAACACCUCUUUUAUGAAGAACAAUUUACUGCCCGGUUCAUCUUUCGUCACUCCCCAACCCCCCCCCAACUCUGUGUUUGUGCUUUCAUACUCCCUCUGCUCUCCUCACAUGAUGCUGUAAAUAGAUUCUACAAUUUAAAACGUUUUGAAAAAUACGUACAACUUUUUUUUUGUUAUUUUUAUUCAUUUCUGGUCCCUAUAAAAUGCUUCUCUUGAUGGUUAAAAACAAGUGCUUAUUUUGUAUUUUUUAUAAACGUACUGUAUUUCUCAUGCUACACAAGUCAGGGUGUUUUUGUGCUUAUUUGUCAGGUUACAAAAGAAAAAAAAAAAUGUAAAAACCAAAACAUUUUCUUGGGUUGUAAUAUUGAACUCAGUGAUGGGACGGUAACAGACAGACCCAGAAGUCUGCGGGGUGGAUGCGUGUGUAAGUGCUGUUCCUCGCUAUAGCCUGCAGACUGUUCACGUCUGUGACCGGGUCGGUAAAGCACAGAGGCACUGAUGGAGCGUUUGUGGCCACAUUGUGCCAUGGGGGUGUUAGUGUGCUACCUCUUUUCUAGAACUAACAUGUUUUGGCUGCAAGUAAUGUAACCAUGCCCUCCAUCACACCACCACAGUGAGGCGUCCAGCUCUUAGUGAAUUAAAGAAAAGUUACUCAGAAACAGCCAUGAAGCAGCGCAGUGAAGCUAAUGCAGCUUCCUGUUAAACUGCACCGUGUCUUUCAAAGGCUCUGGCUAAGCACAAGCGGUUUAGAUCCAGGCUAGUUGUAGUUUAUUGUACACAUGAUAUUACAGUCACUUCUUAUUGGUUCUGUUUGAGCAAAGAAGUCUGUUUGUUGAGAAAAAAAAAGAAAGUUGGAAUUGAGACAGAAUCAGAGAUGGAGUAGUGGUUUGACCAGAACCAGUCAUUUUUGUUCAUUCUGCAGAGGUUUAACUGGAUCAGAUAGCAGUUUAGCUCCUGCUGUCUCCAGUCUAAUGCCUGUGUCAGUGUCCAUUAUUUCAUAAUUACAUUGUGAUCUGACUUGUUGAAAGGCCUUGAAAGCCCUUUGGACCAAUUUGGUGAAGACAAUAAACUUAAAUGCAGAGGCUUC